AUGGUGCGCCCUUCGACUUCCUCGACGCACAAGCUGGCACAGGAGAGCAAGACCGGCCUGGGAGAUGCCCCUCAUCCAGGCCCCAGCUGCUCGCCUACGCCGGCAGUGCGGCCUCCUCGACUUCUUCCCUGCCAUCUGCCCACCCGCGACACGUCCCCUGCCAACCUGGCCAAAAUCCCCUCUACGUUGUCUCCUAGUGCUGGUGACGCUUCAGCGACCGAUACACCACGGUCCAAGGACACAGCUGUCGGCCCAGACUUGCCGCCAUCCCCUCCCCCGCCCCCUGAACCCGCCCCCGAGCCCGAGCCUGACGGACUGCCAUCUCCGAUGGCCCCCAAGAGCAGGCCGCCGGUCCCCAGGCGGCCGACAGAUCUUACCGAACUGCUGACCUUGGAUCAGAUUAAGGAGCUCUUUUCUCUUGUUGUCACCAUUACCAACAUGAUUCGAGACGAAGUCGAUCGCGGCCUCGCACCCACUGAAGACCUUCUUGGCAACGAUCUGAAAUGGGUUGGCAAUGAGGCCAUGGCUAUCCCGCCUAGCUAUAACAUGAGGGGCCUGGAGGUCGACUUCGGAGAGGGCAAGACUCUGCCCCUAGCAGACAAUUCCAAGAGCGUCCAUCGGGCCACCGACGACGACUCGUCUAUCGCCAGUUAUUCCACCGUUGUGCCUGCCUUCGAGUCGUUGAGGAAAGAUGUGCUGGUGGCGCACCGCCGCUGGCAGACCAACAUCCUUCGUAGGUUCAGCGAGGUCACCAUAGCCAAGACCCCGGCCUUGAAGGAGAAUGCCCCGCCAGGAUCCGGCACUCGCGGAAGGGCACCCAGGGGUGGCGGUAGACCUGCCGGCAACAGCAUCGUCCAGCAACCGGACGUAACAGAGGCCGGAAAACCCGUGCAUAGCGGGAUAUCUGCGCAUAUAUUGGCCAUUGACGAAGUUCGUGUGGUCAAGGGCUUGUCACGCAUGGCUCAGGAUAUGUGCCCAGAGGAAGCCCCGACUACGAGGAAGGACGAUGAGAUCAAGUACCCUCGGCGCCACGUGGGCCCAACCAGCGUUGUUAUCAACCUUCCGAAUGCUCUCUCCGCCGUCGGCAUCGGUUGGGUUCCCGACUGUGGCGGCGUGAGCUCCACGACUGCAGCUGCAUUGCUGGGCUCUAUCGUUGACAGCCGCAUUGCAGUUGGAACAAUCUUUGGACUCUAUGGCGGCCGAGGCGUAGGCAAGAUUGCGGAGACGUACAGUAAGGACGUGGCCGAUUUUGCACUCUUGCCAUUAUAUACGUCUGCCGGUGCCGAGUUUGCCAGUGUACGGGAGGUCGGGCCGGAAAACCGCAAACUGCGCGUCGUCAUGGCUGUCAAUGGGUGGCUGAUGGAGGAAGAUGACGCAGUGAAGGUCUGGUGCGCGCUUGGGUCUCAGGCAGAGGCCUAUAGCGUCCGAUGGGAUGCAGAACAGCUCGACAGGCUGGGAUGCGCCCUGGAGACUGUGGCCAGAAGCGCUUCCUGGUCGGAAGCGAAGAAGGUGAUUGCUGAUCGUCGCAAGCAGCACCACGACUUCACACCCCUGAACCUCCUGAGCGACCGAGCCGUGACAAGCAUUCACGAGGGCCACUGGCCUCCCAGCCUGCUCAAGGUCAGCAAGAUCGUCGACCAUCCAUGGAGCAGCUGCAUGGCGCGUGCCGACAAGGCGGGCGCCACUCUCGCCGAGGCCAUCAUGCACCGUAUCCACGGAGAACGCGGUAUUACCCUGAUCGGAUACAGCCUUGGCGCGAGGGUCAUAUACACAUGCCUCAGUAUCCUGUCGGAGAGAAGGAUCCUUGGCCUCGUCGAAAACGUUGUCAUGAUGGGUGUUCCCGCCCCUGCGGACCCCGUUUCGUGGUCCAACCUUCGGGGUGCCGUGGCCGGAAGGGUGAUCAAUGUCUAUUCCGAGGUGGAUUUCAUGCUCGCCUUCCUCCAUCGCCACAGCUGCACUCAGUUUGGCAUCGCGGGUCUGCAGCGCAUCGACAAGCUAGCUGGCGUCGAAAACGUCAAUGCUAGUGCUCUCAUUACGGACCACCUGAGGUACCACUACCUCGUGGGGACCAUUCUUCAGGAGCUAGGAUUCGAAGACGUCGACGCAGUUAAAGUCUCCGAGAGGGAAGUGGAGCUGAGAGCCGUCGAGGACCAUCUGGACUACGACAAACGCUGCGGGCGCAAUGCGACAGCUACAAUCGUUGUUGAGGAGGAGCCCGAUACAGCGUUACAAGCCGUAGGUGCAUCGCAGAUGAACGUUCGGGCUCCAUCAGCCCCGGCUACGCGACCUAGGAGGUCGCGAGGCCGAUCCAGAAACAAGAACAAAAAGUAG